AUGUUUGCCACAGCCACUAAGAACUUUGUGAAACAGGUUGGAAACACAGGGAGGCUGAUCCCUGUCCCGAGCCUGAGCGAGGCCGACCGCUACCAGCCCCUCAGCUUGGUUACCAAAAAGAGGAAGAGACAUUUCUGGAAGAAGCACAAAUACGCCUCGACCCCUUUCUCACUGAAAGACAUCCUGGUAGGGGAGAAGGAGAUCACAGCAGGGGUCUCCUCUUAUCAGCUCCUCAACUAUGAGGACAAAUCUGAUGUAGCACUAAAUGGCCGACUGGGAAACCACAUCAUCGAUGUGGGGGUCAACAUCAGCGGCUCGGACUCUGUGGCCAUCAGAGCCUCCUUUGGCAUCGUGACCAAACACGAGCUGGAGGUGCCCACGUUACUGCGGGAGCUCAGCUCCAGGAAAGUGGACUUGGAUCACUGCCUAGUUCGUCAAUCUAAAGAGAGCAGACGAAGCGCUCUCUGUGUUGUUGUGGAGAGCAUCCGCACCACACGCCAGUGCUCUCUGACUGUCCACGCUGGGAUGAGAGGGACCACCAUGCGGUUUCAGAUCGACGACGACAGAAACCCUAAAGGUCGAGACAAGGCCAUUGUCAUCCCAGCUCACACCACCAUUGCCUUCAGUGUCUGUGAGCUGUUUGUUCGUCUGGAUGGGCGGCUUGAUAUCUGUGUAACCCCAGAGUCUCAGGGUGGAUUUGAGCGAGAGCAGAUCAGGGAGCAGCUCGGUGGUUUUAUUGAUCACUUCUCCAUGGGUCGACUACGCCGAUUCCUGUCUGGGAUCAUCUAUGGAAACCCCUUUAGAGCAGAUGACAGAACAUUUGAGGAGCUCACCCACUCUGACACCUACAUAGACGACAUGGUGACUGACUACUAUGAGAAAGCCGCCAGCAUGACAGAUGUGUCCACCGCCUACCUGAGGGAAAGUUCUCACACACGGGUCAACCUCCUCAAACACAACAUCCCCAAAGGGCCCUGUGUGCUGUGUGGCAUGGGCAACUUGAAACGUGAAACUGUCUAUGGCUGUCUUGAGUGCUCGACAGGGGGCCAGAAAUAUGUACGGUUGCACGUGGUGCCCUGUUUUGACAUUUGGCACAAAACCUUGAGGUGA